UUCCCCUGUUUUGUUUAUAUGAAAAAAAAAUAAAAAAAAAAUACUCCCGUAUCUUCCGGUGCUGGAGUUUGGGUUGUAUCGAACUGAGGGCUCAGCUCCUCAGCCAGUUUUGAAGAGAAGAUCUCUGCGGCAGCCCCUACGCACAUGUUGUCUGUCUUGUUUAUUCUCAACAAAAACAUUCUUCAGACUCUCUUCCAAGCAAGGUGGGCUUUGGAAUGCUAUCAAUAUUCGCCGAUUGAUAUAUCGAUUUGAGCUGAAUCAGAACUGGGUUUUUUUUUUUUAUUGAUUUUGGGACUUGUGUUGUCAUUUGGAAUAUCUUGAGGGUUUUGUGAUUGGAAUCUUGUGGGUUGAGACCAUGCCUUCCACACAUAAUCAUGCAGCAGGUUCUUCUUCACCUUUGACUUCAUUAGGUCGCUCCAUUUGGACUCGGCGAGAACAGUGUCAUUCCGUUGAAGAUAAUCAUGAGUCUAGUGCCCAGGAGUUAGAGCUUCAAUCUUUUCAGAAACAUGUUGCAGACCUUUUUCAUGACUUGUCGGGUGUUGGUGCUGAUGAGCUGCUCUCUAUUGCAUGGACUCAGAAGCUUUUAGAUGUUUUCAUCAGCUGCCUAGAGGAAUUCAGAGGUAUCUUUCUGAAGAACAAAGAAGAUAUUUCUAAACCGCCCAUGGACCAUUGGACUGAUGCAUACUUAGAUAGGAGUUUGAAGGCACUUGACAUUUGCAAUGCAGCUCGUGAUGGGAUUGAUAAGAUUCGUAUGUGGCAUAAGCAUUUAGAGAUUGUUCUGUGUGCCUUGGAUUCUCGCCAGAGGCCAUAUUGUGAGGGCCAGUUCCGUCGAGCAAGAAAGGCUUUGAUGGAUUUGGCACUUGAAAUGCUUGAUGGGAGAGACUCUGGGUCUGCAUUUUCACAGCGGAAUUGGUCGUUUGGGCGUCACAACACAAGAAAGGAUCGCCACCGCCGUACCUCAUCAGGACAUUCUCGCUCUCACUCAUGGAGCAUAUCCGCUUCUUGGUCUGCAGCUAAGCAGCUGCAAUCAAUUGCAAACAACUUGGUAGCACCUCGUGGGAAUGAAAAUGCUGCGACCAAUGGGCUUGUAGGAUCUAUAUUCACAAUGAGUUCUGUGCUCAUGUUUGUUUUGUCGGCUCUUGUUGCUGCAAUACCUUGUCAGGAUCGAGGUCUUAAUACUCAGUUUUCCAUCCCUCCACAGUACUCCUGGGGUAUCCCCCUAAUCUCGCUUCACGAACGGAUAAUGGAAGAAUCUAAGAAGCGAGAGCGUCAGAGUUCCAACGGAUUGCUGAAGGAGAUUUAUCAGGUUGAGAAAUGCACACGCCACAUGACAGACUUUGUUGAUCUGGUUCAAUUCCCAUUGACAGAGGAACAGAAAAUGGAACUUGAACAAGUACUUGAGGAGUUAGCAUCGAUCUGUGAAAAGUUUAAGAAUGGAUUGGGUCCACUGGAACGCCAAAUUCGGGAUGUAUUCCGCAGGAUUCUGAAUUGCCGAACUGAGGGUCUUGAACUUUUGAGUAAGGGAAGCAAUCUGGAGUAACUUAAAAUAGAUGAGUUUAUGAGCAUGAAAUGUACAAAUUUGCGAAUACAUUUUGUCUUGCAUAUUUCCAUCUUUUGCAAGGAGAGACAAGGACAUAAUAAGGUCAACAACAGUACAAAGGUUAAGCAAGCAUCUUGUUAUACUCUUUAAUUUCCGUAAAGUGCAUAGUAUUUUCAUUGGAUCAUUACUGAUUAGUAAAAUGAUUUUACUUUGUUGGUUGUUUGUA